CUUCGCUAAUUCCCAUGAUUAGCAGGUUGUCCCGCAUGCUCCUGCAGCGGAGUUCCAACAAGUCUGCCUUUAAUUUCUCAGAACCCUUUAAGGUGUGCACCGGUGUACGCCAGGGAUGUGUUCUUGCUCCAGUCUUGUUUAAUAUCUUCCUCCUGUGUGUGACACUGCUGCUUCAUGAGAGGAUCAAGAAGGGCAGUGGCGUUACCAUCGACUUCCGACUUGACGGGAACCUGUUUAACAUCCGGAGGCUCCAAGCAGUCACAAAAGUCACACCAGUGCAAGUCAUCGAACUCCAAUACGCAGAGGACUGCGCAGUUGUGGCCCACACACCGGAAGCGCUGCAAGCUACCCUCUCAGCCGCUGCAAGUGCUUAUGGCAGACUGGGCCUCUCUGUCAACGUGGCAAAAACCGAGUAUCGACAGGGAGGUUCAAAACCGGAUCAAGCAGGCGUCAGCAUCUUUUGGCAGACUCAGGGGAAGGGUCUUCCAGAACAAAGACCUUAAGCUACAUACCAAGGUAGCGGUCUAUUUAGCUGUGGUCAUGACGACCCUCCUCUACAGCUGUGAAGCGUGGACCCUGUACAGCCGCCACCUCAGGAUGCUGGAGGCCUUCCACAUCAGGUGCUUACAAUGCAUCCUGGGGAUAUCCUGGAAGGACAGAGUCCCCCACACUGAAAUACUCUGCAAGACCAACUGCACCAGUGUGGAGGCUACAGUCACCCAUCACCAACUUCGCUGGCUAGGCCACGUUAUCAGGAUGCCAGAAGAACGCUUACCACGCAAGGUGCUUUAUGGUCAGCUUCAUCUUGGUCACCGCUUGGCAGGAGGCCCAAAAAAGCGUUAUAAAGAUCAAAUGAAGACUAUCAUGAAGAAAUGCGGCCUGAACCCAACCCAGCUGGAGGACACUGCAGUCCACCGUUCCACCUGGCGGAAGCUCCUCCAACAAGGAGUUCAUAAGCUUGAGAAGGACAGAAGUGGUCAACGAGCCAGGAAGCGUCAAAGAAGGCAUGAAGCCAUUGCCACACCUGCACCCCCAGUCAGUGCCUUCACCUGCUCUGUUUGCGGCAGAUCAUGUGGAUCACGGAUUGGACUAUUCAGCCACAUGAGGACUCACAAAACAUAG